AACUGAAAAAUGUCAAGAUCAACUUUUUAUAUAAAAAGGGGUUAAAUUUGAUCGUAACUGAAAAAUCAUCAUCGCAGCAAUGCAUAUCCCAUCUCUUUCUACUACUGCUAUUACUCUCUUGUUUGCUAUCAACACUGUUAGCAGUCUCGUUGAAGCAAAGAUCACUCCUCUUUCUUGGGAUGAUGCAUAUGACAAAGCUAAGGUCCUUGUUGACAAGAUGACAUUGGAGCAAAAGGUUGGCCUUGCUACUGGUGUCGGAUGGGAAAGAGGUCCCUGUGUUGGUAACAUCUAUGGCGUUGAGGAACUUGGUUUCCCUUCUCUCUGUUUACAAGAUUCUCCUCUUGGUAUUCGUUUUGCUAACAAUGUUACUUCUGGUGUUGCUGGUAUCAAUGCCGCUGCUUCUUUUGACAAGAAGGCUAUUUAUGCUCGUGGCCAAUACAUGGGUCAAGAAUUCCGUGGUAAAGGUGUUCAUGUUCAAUUAGGUCCUGCCAUGAACUUUAUGAGAUCUCCCGAAGGUGGUCGUGGUUGGGAAUCAGAAGGUGAAGAUCCUUUCUUGACUGGUGUUGUCUCUGCUGAAACUAUCAAGGGUAUUCAAGAGCAAGGUGUCAUUGCUACUGCCAAGCACUACAUUCUCAACGAUCAAGAAUUGAACAGACACACUUCUUCUUCUGAAGUUGACUCUAGGACUUUGCAUGAAGUUUACUUGUGGCCCUUUGCCCGUUCUAUUGAAGCUGGUGUUGCUUCUGUCAUGUGCUCUUACAACUUGGUUAACGGUACUUAUGCUUGUGAAGAUGACUAUACUUUAAACACUGUCUUGAAGGGUGAACUUGGUUUCAAGGGCUUUGUUCAAUCUGAUUGGGAAGCUACUCACUCUACUGUUAAGUCCGCUAACAGUGGUCUUGAUAUGACUAUGCCUGGUGAUAUCAUUAUGGGUGAUGGUUUGUCUUAUUUCGGUGCUAAUUUGACUAAGGCUGUUAAGAAUGAUGAAGUCAAGGAAAGCAGAGUUACUGAUAUGGCUAUGCGUAUUGUUGCUUCCUGGUACAAGAUGCGUCAAGACACUAACUUCCCCAAGACUACCAUUGAAUCUUUCAACAUGACCAAGGCUCCCUAUGUUAAUGUUCAAGCCAACCACAAAGAGUUAGUUCGCGAACUUGGUGCUGCUUCAACUGUUCUUCUCAAAAACUCUGGCGUUCUUCCUCUUGACCGCAAGAAGCUUGACAAGAUUGCUAUUGUUGGUUCUGAUGCUGGACGUGACCCUUCUGGUCUUAACUGUGUUGAUCAUGGCUGCAGCAAUGGUACUCUUGCCCAAGGUUGGGGUUCUGGUACUGCCUACUACCCUUACUUGGUUGAUCCCCUUACCGGUCUUUCUGAUGCUUUGGGUAAGAAGGUCAAGAUUGCUACUUCUUUGGAUGACUGGGACCUCGAAAAGGCUGCCAAGACUGCCAAGGAUGCUGACUAUGCUAUUGUGUUCUCCAACUCUGACUCUGGUGAAGAAUACAUUACUGUUGAUGGCAACGCCGGUGACCGUAACAACCUUUCUUUGUGGCACAACGGUGAUAACUUGAUCAAGGCUGUUGCUGAUGCUAACAAGAACACCAUUGUUGUCAUUCACGCUGUUGGUGCUGUUCUUAUGCCCUGGAUUAACCACCCCAACAUCAAGGCUGUUGUCUGGCCCGGUCUCCAAGGCCAAGAAUCUGGUAAUGCUCUUGCUGACGUUAUGCUUGGUAAAGUUAACCCUUCUGCUCGUCUUCCUUACACCAUCGCUAAAGAAGCCUCUGAUUACAAUGCCAAGCCUGAUCCCAACUACCACAUUCCUUACAGUGAAAAGUUAUUGAUGGGUUACAAAUGGUUUGAUCAUGCUAACAUUGAACCCUUGUUCCCCUUCGGUCACGGUCUCUCUUACACUACUUUCAAAUACAGUAACUUGAAGGUCAAGGCCUCUAACUCUGGCAAGAAGAGCGCUACUGUCAAGGCUUCUAUUUCUAUUCAAAACUCUGGUAAGGUCGAUGGUGCUGAAGUUGUCCAAGCCUACCUUUCUUUCCCUAAAAGCGCUGGUGAACCUCCCAAGCUUCUUCGUGGUUUCGAAAAGGUCUACUUGAAGAAGGGCAAGAAGGAAACUGUCAAUUUUGAACUCUCCAAGACUGAACUUAGUAUCUGGGAUGUCAAGUCUAACUCUUGGGUUAUUCCUAGCGGUAAAUUCACUCUUCAUGUUGGUGCUUCUAGUCGUGAUAUCCGUCAAUCUGCUUCUUUCACUCUUUAA